AUGAUCUUCAACCUUAUAUUAAUACUUAUUUAUCACUUCCAGGAGGAAAUUAACGCACAGGCAGAUAAAAAUACGUGUAGCAAGGAUGGUACUUUACAAUGCUGUUCUGGUUUUUAUUUGUUUAAGAACCUCUGUAUUGAAUGUUUCGGGGCAUAUGGAGAAAACUGCUCCACGCCAUGUGGAAAUAUUUCCUACGGCUACAGGUGUAAAGAAACAUGCGACUGUACAAAGUACCAAAUUUGCAAUAAAUACUUAGGAUGUCAACAGAAUGAAGAAAAGGAAUGCAGCGGUGACGGAGUUAUACUGGUUCUAGUGAUUGGACUUGGAUCCGUUACUCUGUCAGCUUCUCUGGUUUUUGUUGGUAUUAUGUUUUGUAAAUGGCGGAUACAUUUGCAGAGAAGAUUAAAAAUCAGUGAAGACAACACAAGGGGGUUUCAAGUGAAUUUGCUCUCAUUUCCUGGUAAACAGGAAAUAUAUUCCGAUGUUCGGGAAUCCCAAAUGAGCCUCGAUGGCAAGAAAAAGGAAGAACGUGAAACUGGAGAAUACAAAAUAAAUUCUACAGAGUACAAUCAUUUGUUCAACAACCAAAACAUCUCAAAGAAGAAACUCAAUCACGAAGAAGGCAAAGAAUACGACUCUGUUGACGCACGUUUUCAAAGAGACAGUGUUCUAGUCACCCUGUCCGAGUUUCCUGGUGACGAUUGUUACAUCAGCAUUUCCCAAAAUACCAAGCGUCUACGGAGAAUAUCAAAGUCCUGUUCCGAUUUAAAAGCGAUCAUUUCUAAACCAUAUAAUAACACUUUAAGCAACUAUUACGAUGACUGUAUGCAUAAUAUGUCAGAGAAAGCUGUUCUAAUUGAGCAUUUAUAGUAAGCAUUUCAGCAACAAGUUUUAUGGCAUACAUUUAAUAGCAAAAUAUUAUUUAUUUUAUUUUACUAAAUAGUCCAAAAGAGGGAAAUUCAAAGGUAUAAUUAUUGAAAAGGAAUUUAUUAAUAUUGUAUUAUUCCUGCAGUAGGUAGUUGUGGGUAUUAUUAAGGUUGGAUCUAUUUUGUUUGUUUUUUUUAUAAGUGUAAGUAAAGUCCUUUUCAUCUCGUAAAACUAGAUGGUAUUGAAAAAAUGUCUUAAGUUUUAAUUUUCAAAGAUACCUGCAUAACUUCAUUUCAUUAAAAAAACAAUGAUCUUGGAACCUUGGCAAUUUAAGUACGUGAAAUAUGAAGAUAUUGAACAAUAACCAAGCUCAAAAAUCCAUGAGAACAAUUCAAAUUGGGAGCAGAGCAAAACAUCAGAGGUGGGAAAAAUGGCCCAAUAAUUUGUAUGAGAAAAGUCAGCCAAAAUUCGACUUAAGGAUAGAUUGAAUUUGCUUUCCAUGAAUCAUCUACUUAUAUGUCAAUAGCUUGCCUCGUUUUACAAAUAGUAUUCGUAUUUUGAGCAUGCUCUUAUGAACUGAAUCAAGUAUGAGACAUAAACUCCACAUGAGAUGAUACUGGUACAUUGCUACAUAAAUAAGGGAAGGUGAGGAUACAAAAGUUGAAGUCGUCACGUUUAUUCUUAAGUUCCGUUGCUGUUGCCAUGAUCGUCUUUUUCUGGUAAAAUAUCUAAAUAUAAAACAGAUGCAUCAGAAUCUGUUGUAUUAGAUGUAAUUCCGAUAAGAUGGCCAUCCUCAAACACUGCACGAGUUGUGUUCAAACAUUUCCAACCUGAUUGCUUUAUUUUGUUCUGCAAGAAUCAUUCGAGUGGCCACAAAAAAUCUUAAAUCCGCUUGACUUUUACUCUUUGGUAAGGUGAAACAAACGGGCACUUGUUUCUGUAACAAGUAUUAGCUUUCCUAAAAAGCUUGUCUGACAUGAGCAAAUGAAUUAUUAUGUUAAGAAUUAUGAAAAGUCAAAUCCAGUGUAAAUGUUAUGUAUAUUGUAAUCUGUAAAGGAAAUAAAUUUUGGGUAAUAGUGA